CCGCGGGGCUUUCUGGUUUGUUUAUAAAAACAAACGCCAUCUUUAAUUUUUGAUCACUGAUAUCAGGCACGCAUUGCUGUUGUGCAUUUGCAGGGAGCUCAGGUCCAGUUGUUUUAUUUUCAGUGUUUUUAAUAAACAACCAUGGGCGAAAGACCACUAACUGACAAAGAAAAGCGCAGACAAAUCUCUGUUGGUCGAAUUCCAGUUUUGGAAAAUGUCAAGCAUAUUAAGGAGGCCUUUAACAGACAUCUUCAUUACACUGUUGUAAAGGACAGAAAUGUUGCUACAAACUAUGAUUAUUACGAAGCUCUUGUGCACACAGUUAGGGAUAAACUUUGCAGCCGUUGGAUUAGGACUCAGCAACAAUAUUACCAAAAGGAUCCCAAGAGAGUAUAUUACUUAUCUUUGGAAUAUUACCUGGGACGAAGCUUGACAAAUAUGAUGAUAAAUCUGGGCAUUCACAAUGAAUGUGAUGAAGCAAUGUAUCAGUUAGGACUCGAGUUAGAGGAGCUGCAAGUACAAGAAGAAGAUGCAGGAUUAGGAAACGGUGGAUUGGGACGUUUAGCAGCAUGUUUUAUGGAUUCAAUGGCUACACUUGGUAUACCAGGUUACGGGUAUGGCUUGCGUUAUGAUUAUGGAUUGUUCAAACAAAAAAUUCAACAUGGCGAGCAGGUUGAGAUGCCUGAUGAAUGGUUAAGAUUUGGAAAUCCAUGGGAGCAUGCCAGACCAGAGUACUCUCUUCCUGUCCAUUUUUAUGGUAAAACAAUGUGUGACGCUGAAGGAUUUAAUUACACCUGGUUUGAUGCUCAAGUUGUUUAUGCUGUUGCUUAUGAUAUUCCUGUGCCAGGGUAUGGUAAAAAUUCAGUAUGCAACACAAUGAGAUUCUGGUCUGCAAAAUCACCAAAGGGAUUCGAUUUAGAUUAUUUUCAAAAGGGAGAUUAUAUUACUGCAGUUCUUGAUCGAAACCAGGCGGAGAACAUCACUAGGGUUUUGUACCCUAACGACAAUUUUUUUGAAGGAAAAGAACUUCGCUUAAAGCAAGAAUAUUUAAUGGUAUCUGCUACUGUCCAAGAUAUCAUCCGACGGUACAAGCAAGCUGAGUUUGGAGCACAACGUCCAGUUCGUGAAUCGUUUGACAGCUUGCCGGAGAAAGUAGCCAUCCAGCUAAAUGACACUCACCCAGCUUUCGCAGUUCCAGAACUUAUGAGGAUAUUGGUUGAUAUUGAAAAAAUACCCUGGGACAAGGCGUGGGAUUUAUGUGUGAGGACUUGUGCAUACACAAACCACACUGUAUUGCCAGAAGCUUUGGAAAGAUGGCCUGUUGAGUUGAUUGAAAAAGUUUUGCCAAGGCACAUGGUUAUAAUAUAUGCUAUUAACCACAUUUUCUUAGAGCAAGUGAAAAAGCAAUAUCCAGAUGACGUUGAUCGGUUAAGACGCAUGUCAAUUAUCGAAGAGAAUCCAACUCGUCGUAUAAACAUGGCACAUUUAGCUAUUGUUGGUUCUCAUGCUAUUAAUGGAGUAGCUGCUUUGCAUUCAGAUAUCUUAAAGACAUCAGUAUUUAAAGAUUUCUAUGAAAUGUAUCCAGACAGGUUUCAAAACAAAACAAAUGGCAUAACACCAAGACGUUGGCUUCUGCUGUGCAAUCCUGGUCUUUCUGAUGUUAUCAAUGAACAAAUUGGAGAUGGAUGGAUUACAAAAUUGUCUCUGUUAGAAGGAUUGAGAGAGAAGAGUGAGAAUAUUGCUCUAAUGAAAGACUUUGACAGAGUAAAACAAGAAAACAAGAUUGCUUUUGCUGCAAUGGUUAAAAAGGAUUAUGGUCUUGACCUCAACGUCAACUCGAUCUUUGAUGUGCAUGUGAAACGUAUUCACGAAUAUAAACGACAAUUGUUAAACGUGCUGAAUAUUAUCACCAUGUAUAAUCGUUUGAAAGCGCACCCAUCCAAGAAAUUUGUCCCAAGAACUGUUAUGAUUGGUGGAAAAGCUGCUCCUGGAUAUUAUAUUGCGAAGCUGAUCAUCAAACUUAUUCUCGCUGUUGCUAAAGUUGUCAACAAUGAUGCAGAUAUUGGCGACAAGUUGAAAGUUCUGUUUUUAGAAAAUUACAGAGUUUCAAUGGCUGAGAAGAUCAUUCCAGCUACAGAUUUGUCUGAACAGAUUUCAACUGCUGGUACGGAGGCUUCAGGUACUGGCAACAUGAAAUUUAUGCUAAAUGGGGCUUUAACUAUUGGUACUCUGGACGGUGCAAAUGUUGAAAUGAGAGAAGAGAUGGGUCCUGAUAAUAUUUUUAUCUUUGGUAUGACUGUUGAUGAAGUAGAAAGAGAAAGAGCACUUGGAUACAAUCCUAGAGUUUAUUAUGAAAGCAACUCUGAACUAAAGCGAUGUAUUGAUCAAAUAAAAGGAGAUUUUUUUGCUCCUACUGGAACCUUCCAACAUCUUGUUGAUGAGUUACUGGAUAGAGAUAGAUUUUUCCUAUUAAAAGAUUACGAAUCUUACAUUGCGUGCCAGGAAGCUGUCUCUGAUGUUUACAACGAUCGUGGAGCAUGGUUAAAAAUGUGUAUAAACAACGUUGCAUCUGCUGGCAAGUUUUCAAGUGAUCGCACAAUAUCUGAAUACGCGAAAGAUAUCUGGGACGUUGAGUCCAUGCAGUUAAACGAAGUCAAAUCUGGAUCUACACCCGAAGCUGAUCCUGCAGAGUAGAUAACCAAAAAAAAGAUGUUAUUGGCUGUUGGUAUUAAAGAAAUGAGGUGUUGUUGAAUGAGUGAAAGAGUGGUGUAAUGAAUGAAUAAAUGUAGAUAUUAUAUUUCCGUGAUUAAAAAUUAAUUCUGUUUUGUUUUGUUCAGUUAUAGUUUUUUUAUUUUUAUUUAAUUUUUGUAGCUCACACGAUGUAUGUGUAUUUCAAAAUAGAAAACUAGAUAAGUAAAAAAAAAAUUAUUAGUUGUUUAA